GUUUGAAGAGCUCUACAUGUAGUUCAAGGGAAAUAAUUGGGAAAAAACAAACCAAGCGUCUGUGUGAUUAGAGCAUAAAACAGAAAUGUUUCGUAAAAUUUGCUUAUUUAGACCUAAUAUAAUACGAAAUAUUUCAUGGUCAGUUCAAAGACAGAUUUACAAAAGCUCACAACUUCUGUCAGAGACAAGUUCAAAACCUGAACAACAAGAAGGUGCUGACCUACACCUCAGUGAUAGUUGUGUACAGAGACUGAAUAAGAUAAAGAAUGAUGAUUCAUAUUUGCGUGUGGUUGUUGAGGGCGGGGGAUGCUCGGGGUUCCAGUAUCAGUUUGAACUGAGUAAAGAUAUCACAGAAGAUGACAGAAUAUUUGAGCGUGAUGGAGCAAAAAUUGUUGUGGACAAAGAAUCUUUAGAUUUCAUCAAAGGAUCAACAAUAGACUAUCAUGAAGAAUUAAUAAAGGCUGCAUUUCGUGUUAUAGAAAAUCCACAGGCAGAGCAAGGAUGUUCAUGUGGAGCUUCUUUUGCUCUUAAAUUAUGAAUAAAAAAAUAAUGAAAAGAAAACCUGAAAAGGACUUUAAUCUGCAAUUGUGUACGGAUUUAUUUAAUUGUUUCAUAAACAAAUGCCAUUGUAUUUGCUAGAAGUUUUGUCCCCAAACUUUACAUAUAAGCAUUGUAACAUUAUGAUUUGUGGAGAAAUACUAUUCAAAUGUAUAUGGUUUAGGAAAUUACUUUGUUGAUAUUGAACAAAUAGAUUAAACCUGAGUAACUAAGGUCAAAAAGUCAUAUCUGUUACAUAAAAAUGUUGUGGUUUGACCUGCCUGUUAAUUGUUUCAUAAUGAUAUUACAUUAAAGUUAUAGUUGUGUCAGAACUCAGAAAAGUUCAUGAAAAAGAAGAUAAGAAAAAAGUUUCAUAAAGUUUAAUGGCGAGGGGAAAAAAAGAUAUAGGUUUUUAUUUUUAGUGUAUGUCCGUGAAUUUAUUCUACAAUUGUAAGAAUUGAACAAAAAUUAAUUUCCCUAUAAUUGUAACCUCAGUCAAGCAUGUAUUAAGCCUAGCUAAUGAGAGAAUGUUUAUGGCAAGUUGCUGCUUAAUCCAGGUGGUUUCUAUGGCAGGUUUGACUGUAUAUGAAAUUAAUUUCAAAUUGAUUUUUUUAUACCAAACUCGUGGCCAUAGUAGUUAUGUGGUUCAGGUCACUGACUUCUAAUUACUUUUCCCACAUUGCUGUGAGUUCAAAACCUCACUUGGGGUGUAUAAUUCUUCAUGUGAGGAAGCCAUCCUCUGGCUUGUGGAAGAGUGGUGGUCCUACCCAGGUGCCUGCCCGUGCCAGAAACAAUGCUCAGUAGGACACCUGGAGUCUUUCUCCGACAUCAAAAGCUGGGAAAGUCGCCAUGUAAGUCUUGAAGCACAUCCUCCCUACAAAAAAAAUGUAGCAAGAUUGUUUAAAACAUUUAAACUUGAUACUUCUGAAACUUUUUUAUCAAUUUGAAAAGAGAAGUUUUUUCUGGUUUUGAAUGCUGCUUUAACUUUGAUAUCCGUCUAAAUGAUGUUAUUGCUUUUCUUUUAUAAUACUGUGAAAUCAUUUUUAUUUGCGUAGGACGAAUUUUCGCGUAUUUCGCGCUAGGAGCGAUGCGCGAAUUUAAGACCGCGCUGUUAUUAUUUUUUAAUUAUAUUUUUUCAUUUAUAAAUUGAAAAUGCGCGAAUUAAAGCCGGCGCGAAACAGCCAUUUUUCACGUUUGCACGAAAUUUUAUGCCAGCGAAUUUAAAUGAAUUCACAGUACAUGUUUUGUUGUUUGUUAUAAAUUUACUGUUAGAUAAAAUAUGUUGUAAAGUUGUUGACUGAUAAUACAAUAUACAACAUAAACAAAAUUU